AUGGCUCGAACUAAACAAACUGCCCGCAAAAGCACUGGUGGUAAAGCCCCUCGUAAACAACUUGCCGCCAAAGCUGCUCGUAAAUCAGCACCAGCUACCGGUGGUGUUAAGAAACCUCACCGAUACCGUCCUGGUACCGUUGCUUUGAGAGAAAUUAGACGAUACCAAAAAUCGACCGAACUUUUGAUCAGGAAACUUCCUUUCCAACGAUUAGUUCGAGAAAUUGCUCAAGAUUUCAAAACCGAUCUUCGAUUUCAAUCUUCUGCUGUCAUGGCACUUCAAGAAUCAGCUGAAGCUUAUUUAGUUGGUCUUUUUGAAGAUACCAAUCUUGCUGCCAUUCAUGCUAAACGAGUAACAAUCCAACCUAAAGAUAUUCAACUUGCUAGAAGACUUCGUGGUGAACGAUCAUGA